AACUAUCUCAUUUUUGCUUUGAAAUGUCAUUGACAACCUGGAUUCAAACUCAUACAACUUUGGCGGAGUGCUAAUGGACGUAUUUCAGAAACGUUUGUCGGCACUGAUAGCGUCUGAAAUGAUAGAGGAAAGAUAAUGAAGAGAAAGAGGUGGUAAAGUAGUCGAGGGCAUCAUUUGGUUAAGUUUCAUUUCAUUUUCCUUGACUCCGAAGAUUAGAAAAUAUAUGCAAAAAGUUACAGUUUUUCAAGUUGGCGUACAUGAUUUAAUACACUUCCGGAAGUCACCUUCAAAAGAAGACACGCAAAAUUUCUGCGUUAGGACUGUGUGAUUGGGGGGAUGGUGAUCCCAUAUGAGGGCCAGUCUUUCUCUGCUCUCAGGAGACAAUGCCAGCAGAAUGGAGUUUUGUUUGAAGACCCUCUGUUCCCAACAACGGACCAGUCUCUCUUCUACCAGAGCAACCGCAUUGGCAGGGUCACCUGGAAACGACCCAAGGAGUUAAGCAGCAAACCCCAUCUGUUUGUGGACGGCAUCAGUGCACAUGACCUGCAUCAAGGCCAGCUGGGAAACUGCUGGUUUGUUGCUGCAUGCUCCAGCCUGGCCUCCAGAGAAUCUUUAUGGCAGAAGGUUAUUCCUGACUGGAAGGACCAGGAAUGGGACGAAGAAAAACCGGAGUCCUACGCUGGGAUCUUUCACUUUCGGUUUUGGCGGUUCGGUGAGUGGGUGGAUGUAGUGAUCGAUGACCGGCUGCCCACGGCAAACGGAGAGCUGGUGUACUGCCACUCAAAUGACAGCAACGAGUUUUGGAGCGCACUAGUGGAGAAGGCCUACGCCAAGAUGUGUGGAUGCUACGAGGCGUUGGAUGGAGGCAACACAGCAGACGCACUUGUGGAUUUCACCGGGGGUGUGUCAGAGCCGAUGGACUUGGUGGAGAAAGGGUACAAAGAUGACAAAGAGAAACGUGAAGAGCUGUUUGAGAGAGUCCUAAAAGUCCACAACAGAGGGGGUCUCAUCAGCUGCUCAAUCCGGGCGACAAGUGCAGCAGACAUGGAGGCAAAGCUGGACUGCGGUCUGGUGAAGGGCCAUGCAUAUGCAGUGACGGAUGUCCGCAGGGUGAGGCUGGGCCAUGGACUGCUGGCCUACUUCAGGUCAGACAAACUCACCAUGAUCCGCAUGAGGAACCCGUGGGGAGAGAAAGAGUGGAACGGACCCUGGAGCGACAGCUCAGAGGAGUGGAAGAAGGUCAGUAAGAGUGAGAGGGAGAAGAUCGGUGUCACUGUACAGGAUGAUGGAGAGUUCUGGAUGACAUUUGAUGAUUUUGUCGCUAACUUCACAGACCUCAUCCUGUGUCGUCUCAUCAACACGUCCUACCUGAGUUUUCAUAAAACCUGGGAAGAGGCCGUGAUGCGAGGCUCCUGGCGCCGCAACGACGACCCGCUCCUCAACAGAGCCGGUGGCUGCACCAACAACAAGCACUCUUUCCUCCAGAACCCACAGUACGUGUUUGAUGUAAAGAAGCCCGAGGAUGAGGUAUUGAUCUGUCUACAGCAGAAGGACCGCAGGGCCAGUCUGAGAGAGGGUCGUGGAGAAAACCUGGCUAUUGGCUUCGACAUACAAAGGGUGGAGUUAAACAGGACUUAUCGUAUGCAUGCUGUCCAGGAGAAGGUUGGUGGGAGCACCUACAUCAACUCAAGGUCUGUGUUUGUUCGCAUUGAACUGAAAGAGGGGCGAUACGUCAUCAUACCCACAACCUUUGACCCUGGUCUGGAGGGAGAAUUCCUGCUCCGUAUCUUCACUGACGUGCCAUCAAACUGCAAAGAGUUGACUGUAGACGAGCCUCCAAAGACCUGCUGGACCGGGUUGUGUGGAUAUCCCACUUUGGUCACUCAGGUCCACAUACUGAAGGCUGUUGGACUGGCAGGACAAGAUUCUGAUGGAGCGGCAGACCCCUACGUGAUAAUUAAUUGUGAAGGACAUAAAGUUCGUUCUCCAGUCUUUAAAGACACUCGAAGUCCCAACUUUGACACCAAGGGGCUCUUCUACAGGAAGAAAGCCAGACAGCCAAUCAGCAUCAAGAUCUACAACCACAACCUGCUCAUGGAUUCCUUCCUUGGUCAGGUGACCAUGCCAGCUGAGCAAGGUAGUUUCCAACAGACGCUCCACCUGAGGGGAAGAGGCGAUCAGAGAGACAGCGACCUUCCAGGAACCAUCACAGUUGUCAUAGUAACCAGCUCAGUGCUCACCAGCAUCUGAGACAGAGCAGGAAACUGUGUGGUCAGGGUCGACUCUCACACUAGCAUUGAAGUUUACCAAAUUACCAGUUUCCCACUAAAGAUGUUUGUCUGUAAGGUUGAUAUAUGUAUACAGUAUACGUCUGGGUAUAUUCUGCAGAAAAACAAGGUUUACUCUUUAAAGACCAGGGCCACUUUAUAGUAGAGUUGCCACAAUGUUUGAUACUUUGAUACCAUUAUAACCUGUGUUUUAAUGACCAAUGAUGUCUCAAAGUAGUGAAGCUUAAAAAAGCUACAUCUAUUUGAUAUAAAAGGUACAUAUGUGAGGAAUGAGUCCAUCCAAAUUUGCAAGAAAAUCCUAAUCACACUGGGCCUUUCUUAAACUGCUCCCUACACCCUCUCCCUCUACACUUCCACUCUGUUUGUGUGCUCUCAGUGAGGGUUCAUAACAUCAAGGGCUGUCUUAAACCUUGGUAUAUGGGGUAAGAGUGGCCUGUUAAACAGUGAGUCUGCCCUGAUUCUAACUUAUUGGACAUGUCUAAUGGCUUUCAUUGUUCAUCAUCAACAAACACAUCUGCAGGUUUGGAAAUAACAGUAUCACACAAACCUACAAAUCAAAACCUUUGCAUUAAAAAUCGGGAUCUAAUUUUAAGUCUAGAAAUGAAAAAAUGUAUUAAUUUGACAGCUCACUGUUUAAUGUGUACAAGGACUUAAAAUUAAAAAUCUUAUAACAUUAGAUGAAAUUUAUUAAUUUAAAAAAGGAUUUAAAAAGGCCAUCAAAUAUGUUAAGUUUUUAUUUAGUAUUGUGUAAUAGCGUUGUACUCAAAACCUCACUAUCCGAGUCCAAGAUUUGCCCGUGACCAGAGUGUACCGAGACAAUGCCAAGACCAAGACUUUUGGGGGUCGUUAAGACCGGUACUGAGACAAGUCAAGACCAAGACAAGAACAAGACCAUAAAAAAGGCAUUUAAAAAACCUGACAAGGUUGAACACUUAAAGAGCAUUCUCUCUUUAGUUUUAGUUUUCUUUUUAAUAAAUUUGACAAGUUAAAACAAGGUGUCUGAAACUAUUUCAAAGUACAACAUGCAAAAAUCUCAAAUCUUAACAAAUCUGUUCAUCUAACUUCUUGUAAAAAAGCAAUCCUUGUGUGUAUUCAAAAGGCACUGACAAGUGUGGAAUUAUUUUAAAUAUCUGAAAAUGAGAUGUUUAUCUAGAUGUGUCAGGUGAAUGAGGCCUAAAGUAAGAGUUCAGAGGUAUUUCUGACUAGAAAUAAGAUGGCUGGUGUCCAAGUUUUUGCA